UAAGGCGCGCUCGAGUCGAAGCGCAGCUGAAGAUGGCGGUUGUUGUUAUGUUGGUUAACUACCAUAAACCUCUGGCUAUAACUGUCCAAUCCCAAUCGCAAAACCCUAGCUUCAAUUCCCGCAAAAUUAACCCCAAUCAAUCCCAUGCCUGGAGGGCUCGCCGUCGCCCCAUAAUCAAUGGACUGAAUGGAGACACAGAAUCCGACCCGAACAAUCCACAAGAUAAGGAAGUGGACAAUUUGGGAGUUAAAGCUGCAUUAUGUGUGCUCAAAUUCUACAAAAGGGAAAUCUCACCUCUGUUGCUGAAUAGUUGCCGGUAUGUCCCAACCUGCAGUGAGUACUCAAUGCAAGCUUACAAGAAAUAUGGAUUUGCAAAAGGUUCUGUCUUGACAGCUUGGCGAAUCUGUCGUUGUAAUCCCCUUGGUGGCACUGGAUAUGAUCCUCCUCAAUGGUUCGACGAGACAAGUUUGCCUGAAGAAGAAUAGAUGAAUUAUGCCAUAUUCCCUGUAUAAGAUUAAAAUCUUUGGUCGGUACAUGAAUGAAUGCUCUUAACCGUUAAAAGCCUUAUGAGACGUUGAGCCUACAUUACAUUAUUUUA